AUGAAGAGAAUCUAUGCUAGUAUUCUGAAUUGUGAUUUGUUGGCAAUUGGGGCGGAAAUAGAAAGACUAGUUGCGGCUGGGAUAAAACGCUUACACUUGGAUUUGAUGGAUGGGGCCGUGACUGGGAAGAUCUUUUUGGGCGAAGAGAUAGUUAAACAGAUAGGAGAGCGAUUUCCAGAACUGGAGAUAGAGUGCCACUUGAUGGUUCAGAAUCCACUGAAUUGCAUUAAGAACUUGGAAUUAAGCCGAUUGAGCCACGUAAUUGUACAUACUAAUCCCCAGAUGGCGGAGGUGGCUCAGUAUAUGAAAAUGCAUGGAGGUAAGCUGGGAGUAGCUAUUUCACCGGGUGAAGUGCUUGAUAAACUAUACAUUCCUGAAACCGCUAGCAAGAUUCUUAUUAUGGGUGUGGUGCCCGGUCGUGGGGGACAGAAAAUGCUGUCAUGUACCACCGAGCGACUAAGAGAGGCAAAGGAUAAGUAUGCAGAUGUUGUAUUUGGGGUAGACGGCGGCGUAAAUCUAGAAACAAUUGUGGAUGUGAUUUCUGCUGAUGAUUUUGUGCUGGGUUCUUGUCUAUUUAAUAGUGAUACAACGGAGGUUUGUGAUAAGAUAAGAGAAAUACUACAAUAA